AUUAUUAUUAUUAUUAUUAUUUAGAAGACUGUGAAGAUGGCAGAAAGGCAGCCUUUGGUCGGGAAGAAAGGUAAAACGAAUUCGGUGGUGUGGAAACACUUCUGUCUGACUCUGAACAAACGAAGAUAUUGUGGAAGAUAUGUCACGCGACCGUGUCUGCACCUCAAGCGAAUACGACCAAUCUGUUUAACCACUUAAAGUCCGCACACAGAGUAAUACAGGACCAAGCAAUGAAGGACAAAAUGAAAAGGUCCUCGACUCAGCAACACAGUGCUCAUAUCCACCCAGCUCCCGCAGGCAUAAAGAAAUAACGGAUGCAAUCGCAUACAUAAUUGCCAAAGACAUUUGCCCUAUCAACACCGUUAGCGACCCGGGGUUCAAUAAACUGAUAAAUACAUUGUGGUAUGUGUUACCAUCACGUCACCAUUUCAGCAGAAUUGCGCUGCCUGCCCUUUAUGACGAAUGUCGCGGAAAAGUUGCAAGAGAAGUGUCAACAGCAUUAUAUUUUGCCAUUACAACGGAGUGGACCUAUGGUCGAGUCGCACCAUGGAGCCAUAUAUAAGCCUCACGCUACAUUACAUCGACGCUAAUUUCACCAUGAAGACGAAUUGUCUCCAAAUGGCGUUUUUUCCGAAGACCACACAGGGCUAAAUAUAGCCCAGGGAUGGAGGCAAGCGAUGGCUGCAUGGGACUUGACCGAGGAAAGACAAGUCUGUAUCACAACAGACAAUGCCUCAAAUAUGAAGCUGGCAGCUGAACUAAAUGGCUUGGCCGUAGAUGAGUAAGAUUGCAAUGAAGGACCACAGGAUUGGCCGUGCGGGGUUCUGCAAAAAAGUGGUCAGCGCCUUCUCCUACAGUUGGAAGAAAAAGAGGGAGCUGACAGAUGUACAGAAGAGGCUGAAUCUGCCUGAACACUCUCAGACAGACAGACAGAGUGUCCAACCAGGUGGUGGACUCGGCAGGCUAUGAUGGGCAGGGUCCUAGAGCCGCAGAAGGCCAUCGCAGAGGUCCUCUUCAACGACACCCCGCCCCCUCAUGGCAGGACGUCGAUGUACUGGCCAUAAACAAGUCACUAAGCCCUCUCGUUGAAUUUACAGACACACUUUCUGGGGAGCAAUUGAGUGUGUCUUUUGUCGAGCCAACUCUCCACCUUUUCAACACCUCCAUAUUGGCCUUGCAGGAAACGGCACAUACCUUGCAAAGUGCAUCAAGAAGAAGAUCGUGGGCUAUCUCAAUGACAAGCAUGAUGAUGCUCCAACACAGGAGCUGCUGGACAUGACCUCAGCCCUGGACCCAAGGUUAAAGCCCACAUAUGUGAGCGAAGACAAGCGUGGGUCAAUUGAAGAAAGACUGUCAUCUGAGAUGAAGACGGUCAUAGAGAAGGCCCCUGAACGAGCAGUGACUCCUGCUGAUGACCCUCAUGCCGCUGCUAGUGCACCAAAGAACGCCCUGGGCAGCUUCUUCAAGCCGGUCACUGAAGGCACAGCUCAAAGAUCCGCUGCUGUGCAACCGGACCAGGACAAGGCCAUAGCUUCUGAGCUACAGUCCUACCUCCAAGCAGGGAGACUGGACACCGAGGCGGACCCUCUGGAGUGGUGGAAGAUGUCCCAGAAUUUCUACCCAGGGCUCUCCAACCAGGCAGGGAAAUAUCUUUGCAUUUCAGCCACAAGAGCCUCGUCAGAGAGGGUUUUCAGUACAGGGGGUAAUGUAGUCACCUGCCUGCGCUCAUCCCUGCAACCAGACCAGGUGAACAGAAUGGUUUUCCUGGCUAAAAAACUUUAGGGGUUGAUAAGUUUUUAAAUAAGUUUUGGCAGCGGAUUUUUCUUGUCGGUGCGUCAGUCAGUUUAUUCUUGUUAAUACUCAUUUUGGCCAAAAGGCCUCAAAAUAUAGUUUCAACGUGUUAACAGUUUUAUCAUUGAGAUACGGAUUUCUAGUGUUUUUUGCAGUACUAGGUAAGAUUGUUGUAGCAAGUGCAUUACACCAUAGUUUGAGUUUUGUUUUUUUAAAGGGUAAAGGAGUAAUUCAGUUUUAAUGUAUAGUACUUCAAGUCUUGGAUAGUGUUUAUUUUUGUGUUUAUUUUUACACAUUAUUUAAUUCAUUUUAAUAUAUUUCUCUUUAUUUGCAUUUUUCUUGUUUUCAGUUCAAACGUAUCGUGUUAAGAGAAAUACCAGUGUUAAAAGUUCAAUAAAUGCUUGUUCUCAAUGAAUAAUCGUCUUUAAUAAUCGUGAUUACGAUAUCAUUUUAAAUAAUCGUGAUUAUCAUUUGACAUAAUCGAGCAGCCCCAAUACAAAGCAGAAUCCACUGCCAAUCAUACAAGAAAAUAAGAAACAAAUCAUGUGUUGCUUGAGAUCAUUACUGUAAUGGGUCAAAGGUGAUUUCCGAUGCAUUUAUAAAGUAACCUGUUGACAAAACAAGGCAAAGUGCAUGUUAAAAAU